GAACGCUCGCAUCGAGAGUCUCAAGAGUGAACGCGACAAAGCCGCCACUGGACGCGAUGCAGGUGUCGAUAGCAUUCGCGCUUAAUACCAAGCUGAGAUAUCGCGCAACCAGGAUGACCACGCUGCUGCGAUUGAGCAACUUGAAGCAGACCAUAAGAAGGAGAUCGAGCGCCUCCAAGCUGAGAGAAACUCCGAGCCCGCCCCUGUUCACCCUGAGGAGAGGCAGAGACUCGAGAGCGCUCUCACUCAGGCACGUGAAGCACAAGCCGCAUCUGAGACACAGCUCAAGAACCAUCAGGAGGUGUUUGAGAAGGAGGUAAAUGCCGCUGUCACCCAAGCCUCUGCUAAGAGGGAUCAAGAGCUCGACUUUCUCAAGAGAGACAUGGCCACAAUGCAGGGAAAUCAUCGCACUCGCGUCAUUGACCUGGAAAAACAGCUCGCAGCAGCCUCUGUCUCUGCCCCUGCUACUGUCCCGUCUCCCACUUCUGCUCGUUCUGACAGUGCAUAUGUCAACUCUCUCCUAAAGCAGUUGAAGGAGAAGACAAAGCAGGAAGAGGCUGCCACAAAGGAGAAGAAGAAACUGGAGAUUACCCUGCGCGGAAAGGUAGAACAGGAGCGGGCUGCGGCAGAGGAGAAGAAGAAGCUUAAGACAGACGCGGAAGUGCUGCUGCAGCGAUCCAAUGAUCUUAAGCUCAAGACACCCGAACGUAAUUCAGGUCAAGACCUCGUAGAUGCACAAGCAUCCAGCACUGUUCUGACUACCGACAAUGCCGAUCUCAAGAAACAGUUGCUCGAGCAGCAGCAAAGAAUACAACAGAUCGAAGCAACGGCAAGAGCAGAGGUUCAAAGUCGGGAAGAGCAGAUCACGGCCCUUCGCACGGCGAACGAUGAAAGCAACGACAUUUUCCUGCAGCAACAGACUGAUGCUCAUGCCACGAGAGAAACGCUACAGAGAGAUCUCAAUGAAGCUAGAACACGACUCGAGCAGACAAUCAACCAAGCUAGGAUCGCCGAUAGUGACCAGAGACGAACAAUUGAGGAUCUUGAGGAGCAGAGCACUGAUAUUCAAGGCGCUGCCGAAAACUUGAGAGAGAGAAUCAGAGUGCUCGACACUGAACGCACUGAAGCUUUGGAACUGAUCGAGAAAUAUCGUACGCAGGGUACUGCCCACGUUGAGGGGCAAGACAAGAAGAUUUCAGAGCUUCAAGGUCAAAUCGACGUUCUUCAACACAUUAUCUCCAGUAACAACAACGAGACCGCUCUCAGAAUGAGUACUGCAGAAGGACAGUACAACGCACUCAAGGCUGAGAAUGAAGAACUGAGAAAUAACGUCCAGGCCUCCAGAGAGAACAAGCCUCCCGCUGCGACUGAACAAGCUGUUGAGGAUUGCCGCAAACAGCUCGAAGAAGAGAAAGCCAAGUCCCAGAAACUUCAAGCCACAAUGAUCACUGCAGAGAAGAACUACAAAUCACAGUCAGCAGAAUACUCGAAAAAGCAGGAUGAAGUCAGCAACUUGAAGGAGCUAUUGAAGAAGUCACAACGUCCUCGUGCACCUCUCGCCUUACCCUCACCUCGGAAGCCACAGGAUGUCGACACUGAUAUUGGAGACUCGUCCCGACCGUCUGCGGAGGCACAUGCCCAGGCGUUGAAAAAGAUCCAGGAGCUUCAAAACGAAUGGAACAUCGCAAGGUCUGGUGCCAUGAAUAGUAGCAACGUCCCUCUUGCGGCCAUAAUGGAGCAAAAUGAGCGCAUGGAAAAGGACUUCGAGACAGAGGACCAGCUUAAGGAUUGCAAGAACAAGGUAGCAAGAUUAAAGAGGGACAUCGACUCCAUCAUGAAUGAGAAAUUGGAAAUAUCCGAUGAAUCGCAUUCAUUCAAGGUGAAGGUCGACAACCUGGAAAACGAGCUUGAUUUUAAGGAUCAGCGUGCAACAGAGUUGGAAGGAGAAGUCGGAGCACUUCAGGCUGAGAUUGAUCGCCUACGCCAGGUGAAUACUGGACUCAUCGACACCAACACAAAUCUCGCUGCUUCGAACUUACAACUCCAGUGGGACGAAGAGGCCAGGAAAAACAAUGCCAAUGUCCAACCAACGGAUGAAAACAACCAACCACCUGCGCCAACACCGUUCUCAAACGCUCCCGCGCUUCCACCACCUGCAGAUGUCUCUCUUCCAGAAUCUUCCAGCCCUGCCGAUAGACGAGACUCUGACAUGAACGAUGCGCCUGAAAUUCCGGUCAGACUCAGCGCAGCUGAACUGGCGCGUCGCCCAAUCCGCCCCCUGCGCAGCAGAUCCCCCGGUAAAGACAGCAAUGUACGCGGAGGCUCUAGGUCGCCUACGCACGCACCCAGGGCUCCAUCACCUCUGAGACAAAUCUUCGAUCUCAACUCAUCUCGUCCACCAUCUCCAAAUGUGUUUGCCCCCAUGCAGGAUACCAACCCACCUGGAAACUUCAACUUUGGUGGUGGUGCGCUCAACAACGCACCUUCGUUCUGCCCACCUGGGAGCAACGCUCCCAGCAGCCCCUUCUCAGAGAUCGUGUCCUCAGCCCCCAAGACUCGCGAUGAAGAACGUGUAGAAGCGGCUGCCAGGCAUGCUGAAGAGCUCAGGCAACACUCUGCAGCCCUGGACGAAGCUGAUCAUCAAGCAAGGCUCGAACAGGGGGCACGUUGGACUGAGGAGCUGCAACAAGGUCAACAGGAGUACGAGGCGGCAGGUCGUAGGAUCGCCCACGCCGAUCGACUUGUCGCCGCCGGCCCUCCGGAAGACACGGAAAUGGACACAGGAGAUGUCGUCCAGGCCACUCCUCCUAGAAACCUGGUUGAGGGCUCGGUCGAAGAAAUCGCACUCCUGAGAAGUUUGCCAGAAAACGGGGGUGGGCUGUGCGAUCAAAUGUACAGGGAUCACAACUACCAACUUCCUGAUAGUUUUGAUGAGUACGGCGACCCCCAAUGGUAUUAGUAAGGAUUUUUUUUCUGCUGACUCUUUUUUUCCCUUUUCUUUUUGCGUUGAUUAUAGGGGGAUUUGAGGAGUUGGGUGUUUCUUUUUUGCUUUCGUAGUACCUUGAGAAAAUUAUAAAAAGGGUUAGACUCCACCACUCCAGUGUUGAAUCAUACCC